AUGAAUUCUGAACUACAGAGGAAACAUCAGGAUAUGGAUCCAAUUGCAAUCAUUGAACAUCUUAAGAAGAUGUUUGGUACACAAAGCAGGACAGCUAGAUACCAACUAUCCAAGGCUUUAUUUGGAUCCAAAUUGACUGGAAACUCUCCAGUUGGACCAUAUGUCAAUCAUAUGAUUGAUCUCAUUGAAGAACUUGAGAAGGUGGGGUGCAAAUUGGGUAAAGAGCUUUCUCAAGAUUUAAUCUUGAAGUCACUAUCAGAAUCCUUUUCACAAUUUGUUAUUAAUUUCAAUAUGAAUAAAAUGGAUUGUGAUCUUCAUGAGAUGCUUAACAUGUUGAUUGAUUAUGAGAAUCAACUUGCAUCUGAGAAGAAGAAAGGAACUGUCAUGUUGAUUGGAAACUCUUCUAAAAAGAAGGGUAAGCGUAAAAGUAAACCCAAGAAAAAGGCCACUGCGCCAAGGGUGGGGUUCCAGAUAAGUAGAAAGUUGAAGAAAGGAGAAAUUAAUCUACAAGUUGGAAAUGGUGCAAAAGUUGCGGCCAUAGCUGUAUGA